AUGCAGGGCUUCAACAUGGGACGCUAUGUCCCCCCGGACCUCGAAGGCACCACCUCGGGCAACAAGCUCCACGGCAAACAUGCCCUCGGCGCCCGCGCCUCCAAACUCGCCUCGUCCGGUAUCCUCACGGUCCGCUUCGAGAUGCCCUAUGCCAUCUGGUGUUCCACCUGCCCCAGGCCCACAAUUAUCGGCCAGGGCGUGCGCUUCAACGCCGAGAAGAAGCGCGUCGGCAGCUAUCACUCGACGCCAGUGUGGCAGUUCCGCAUGCGCCACGCCGACUGCGGCGGCUGGGUCGAGAUCCGGACGGACCCGCAGAACACGGCGUACGUAGUUGUCUCGGGGGCCAAGAAGCGCGACACUGGGGAUGACGACAACAACAAGACGCCGGGGGAGGGGGAGAUGGUCAUUAUGACAGACGAAGAACGCCAGAAGCUGCGCAGCAGUGCGUUUGCGAGCCUCGAAAAGACGAUCGAGGACCGUGAGCAGCUCGUGCGGGCGACGGAGCGCAUCGACGAGCUCGAGGAUAUGUCCAAGAAGCGGUGGGACGACCCUUACGCGCGCAACAAGGCGCUGCGCAACACGUUCCGCGCGGGACGACACCAGCGCGAGAGGGACGCCGCCGUAGGUGAGGCUUUGAAGGACAGAAUGAGCCUGGGCAUUGACCUCGUCCCCGAGACAGAGGAGGAUGUGCGGAGGGCGAGGCUGGUGGAUUUUGGGCCUGGUGAUGACGACGAUGCCGGGGACGCGGGGCACAAAGCCCUCUCGAAGCCGCUUUUCUCCUCAUCUGCGGUGGGGGCCUCGGAUGGAAGGGAGAACAAGCAGAACAAGAAGACCGGCGGCAAAGGUCUGCCCAGAGGGACCCCCAAAGCGGCGUUGCUCGCGUCCAAGAGGAGAAACGACAUCGUGACCGAGAUCGUCGGGAACACACGCAUGGCGCGGGAUCCGUUCCUGGCGGAGGCCAGGGCGGAUAAGACGCCGGCGAGGAUUCCCGGAUUGAAGCGGAAGCGCGAAGCGGAGGAGGGGAAGGGCGUGAGAGAAGGGGCGCAAAAGCCCGUUGGCGAUGGCGGGCCUAGCCUGCCCGCCUCUAGAACCCUAGUGGGUUAUGGUUCCGAGUCGGAUUGA